UAUAUCAACAUAUUAUAGCCCGUAUAAAAAAAGGUGAAAUAGGACUGUUCUAUAAUAUACAUAUUAACACUUCCUGACUAUACGCCAUAGAAUUUCUGAAUUACACAAUGGUAUUUUACAUAGACCAUAACAUAAUUUAACAUCUACUAAGUAGUUUUUAUCUCGGAAAAGUACACAGUGAAACUUUGCAGCAAACAGGGUAACUUCCUACCUGUACGAGAUUGGCGCGGACUCCAAACUAAUGUAACACUUUUUCGUUCGAACCAAAAACUUACUAUUGUAAAUCAAUAAAGACCAUAAUGCAAUACCUUCAGAGCAAUACAAAAAGCUUAUACUUAGUGCAAUACCUAAUACCUAUAGUACUGUACCCUGAGGUUAUACCUACAUGUACAUAAGCUUAAAAGCUUCUUGGUACAUACCUUAGACAUAUAUAUUACAAUUCUCUUUGAUUAUAAUUCUCUUUGCUGAAAGCUAACGACUUUUUUCAUAAUAUUUAUAUCCAUCAAAAAUAUCCUAAUUCAGAAAUCAGGUAAUAAGAGUUUCAAGUACCGCGCCUUGCCAGAGAGAGAGUUUCAAGUUAAAACGAUAAAAUGGUUUACGAUUACUUCGACAAAUACACAUUUUUGUGUGAUAUGUAUGAUGAAGACGCUGAUGAAGUAGUGGAAUUAGUUUUAAACUUUUUUCCCUUUGAUAAUUCUGUUCAAAUCAUAAAUGCGACAAAAGGCAAAAAUCUACUUAGACGUGUUCAGUUACCGCCAUUAAAAUUAGAAAUGCUGCAAAUUGGUAAUAUCGUAAAUGUGUUUUCCAAAUUACUGCAUGUCAAAGAUUGUGCUCCCGCUACUAGAAGAGUAUUAUUUGAUAAAGUAGAAAGCACAUUCGCAAUGAUAAAACCUGUGCCACCAAGUGAGCAUGGAAAAAUAAUCACAUUCAUAAUGAAAAAAGGUUUUCGCAUAGUCCGUAUGAAGAAUGGGAAAAUUAGUAAAGACUUCGCAAUGGAACUAUAUGCAAGCAUCGCUGGCAACAACAUGAUGCCUAUUAUUAUAGACUAUGUCACUACCGGAGAAGUUAUAGGCCUAGAACUAGUAGCUCCGGACGCAGUAAAGAAAUGGCGCAGUUGCCUUGGCGCUACCGACCCUUUAGAAGCGGCGCCCGGCACUUUACGGCAAUUGUAUGGUGAAAAUAAACUAAAAAACGUUGCACACGGUUGCAACACAGUAGAAGAUGCUACACAAAUGCUUGAAUUAUUUUUUGGUUACGAAAAUGGAUUACCGAGGAUUCCAUUCAGAGCUACUCUGAAAAACUGCAGCUGUUGCGUUAUUAAACCUCACGCAGUGAUAGAGGGUAACGUCGGCUCAAUUCUAGAGCAAAUAUCAACUUCUGGAAAGUUCUACAUUUCAGCUAUGGCAAUGUUUUCCGUAAAGUUAGCUAACGCUGAAGAGUUUUACGAAAUUUAUAAGGGUGUUCUUCAGGAAUACGAGGCAAUGUGUAUACAUCUAGCUGAAGGUAAAUGCAUUGCAUUAGAAGUAAAAUGUACUGAUCCUGAAAUGAACUGUGUGUGCGAGUUUCGUAAGCUGUGCGGCCCUAGAGACCCGGAUUUAUGUCGCCAAUUAUAUCCAGAUUGCAUAAGAGCUCUUUAUGGCAAAAACAUCAUUCAUAACGCUGUUCACUGCACUGAUCUUCCAGAAGACGGGGAACUAGAAGUGGAAUACUUCUUUAAACUUCUAGCCAAUGAUUGAACUUCACUUGUUUUUAUAGUUGUUUUUUAUCACAAAAUCAUUGCCUUCAAUUUCUAUCUUGUCAUACAUCCACUUUCUAUUGACUCUGAAAAGGUAUAAAAAAAGAUUAUAAAAGGGAAAAUUUUCAUUAGGUAAUGUAGAUGUUUUUUAUUUCAUCAGAUUAGUUUGAAUAUUAAAAUAAGGUUUAGAUUAUAGUUAUAUUACAUUUGGAGACCAAGGGGUUAUUAAAAUAUGGCAUCAUUGGAUAUUAAAAAGAACAAAAUUCCUAGCGAGGAAUCAAACCUAUUCAUUUUGACAAAAACUGUGAACAUUGUCUUUAUUUAUUACAUAAAUUACAUAAAUAAAGACAAUGUUCACAUCUGUAUUCAAGUGAUACUAGCUUAUAAUGAUUUAAUUCUGGAAAGUAAUGACAUACAGCAAACAAAAAAAGGACAAAUUUAUUUCAACUUUUAUGUAAUAAAUAUUUGCAAACACCGGGCAAAGGUUGUGAUCUGGUGGAUUGUCUAUUUAUUUCUUUAACUCUGUAAAUACUAAUAUCUAAAAUAUUAGAUUUCAAAAUAAACUAAGUACUUUAAUUGAAAAAUAAAUUUUGGUAUUAAAAAUGUAAGGCUUGCUUAUGCUCCAGACAAGUCAGCAUAAUCACAUUCAGGUAAGUAUAACUAGAAAAGUUUUACAAGAAUGUUUUAUGUUGCCUCUAACACCUACCCAAUAAAUUUCAAUACUAAAUGAAUGUAUCAAUUCCAGCUUCUAAACAGAAAAAAAUAGUACAUACUUGUAUUAUAUUUUGCUGUAUAUCACAAUUAUUUGAUACCUACAGGCUACAUAUUUCCUGUUACUAUAUUGUUAGGCUUCGACGUCCUGCUUACCUACAUUCCAGGGCACAUUUAUUUGAACUGCAUUUCGGACAUGGGAAGUGACAACCCGGACAUGUUUCAUCUAAACAGUCACAAAGAUCUUUACCCGUUGCAGCUAUGAAACCACGUUCAUUAUAUAUUGUUCUAUGCUUACGGCUAAAAAUUAAAACAUAGUGUAAAUACUUGCGUUGUGUAAAUCUUUACAGAAUAAAAGACAUUUCCUUU